UUGGACGAUGGAAAACGCGUCCAAGGAGGAACUGUGCGAGCUGAUGGACAAACUGUUGCUCAACUCGCUCGACCUGAUCGAGCAGGACGUUCGGCUGAGCCAGGACAUUGCGCGCCUCACCACCGAGGGCCAGAUGGAGCUGGCACACACCCGCUUCACCAAGGGCCCGAAUGCGGUCAGUGCGGUGCAGCUGCCGACGGAGGACUACAAACCCUUCCAGGCACUGGCCACGGUGCAGGUGGAGGAAGCGGUCGAAGACGACGCGGGCGCCAUCCAACAGCGUACGCUGGAGCGGCAUCCGGUGGGCGACGGGGAGGACGGAGCAUCCCGCAUCGAUCCGAGUGCGUGGUUCGGGAUUUUGCGGCCACCAUCCCUGAACAAUGCGAAGGAACGGUUUGCCCGCUCGCUGGACACGAUCGUCGAGCGGGCCAACGUGCGGGUGCGGUUGAGCAGCUACCUAAACAUGUUCGGGCUGCUCGAGAAGCGUAAAACGGAGCUGUAGGUGUGUGGAAGUGUCCCGGUGUAUGUACAUUUCAUGUUAUUAGUUUCAAUAAUUCCCCGUAAUAAAUAUCUAAAAAUUA